AUGUGCGUUAUAUCCAAUGGAUUUUUUGCUUUCAUGUCCGCUUUGUUGACAAUUAACUUAUUUGGGGUAUUCGUAAAUCCUGUAUUAUUAAGUGAAGCAAUUCCAUUCUUGGUAAUAACUGUAGGAUUUGAAAAACCUUUUACUCUUACUAAAGCUGUCCUCACUGCCGCUCCUACAAAUUCUAAAAUUUUCAGUUCAAGUUCUGGGUUAUAUCAAAUCGAAGGAAAAAAAUCUCCUAUCAUUCCAUAUAAUGUACAAGAUAGUGUUAUUGAUGGUGUAAUUAAAGAGGGACCAACAAUAGUUAGAGAUUACUUUAUUGAGAUCGCGGUAUUAUUUAUUGGAGCAAUGUCUGGAGUAGCAGGAUUACAAGAAUUUUGUUUCUUGGCUGGUUUUAUCUUAUUAUAUGAUUGUUUAUUCUUGUUCACAUUUUAUACUGCUAUGUUAACUCUUAAACUUGAAUUAAAAAGAAUAAGGGAAGCACAAUUGACAAAAAAAUCAACAGCAAGAGAUGAAUUAAAAAGUAGUCCUGCAAAUAUUCGACAUAAUAUUAUUAAAGCUUUCCGUGAUAAUACAGUUGAAACAGAGGAGGCCAAAAAAUUUGAUAAUCCUAUGAUUGCCAGAGUUAAAUUAUUAAUUAUUGUAGGAUUCGUGAUAAUGCAUAUCCUUAAUUUUUGCACAACAUUUCAUACAAGUGAUGAAUCUAUUCAAUCAACUCCAGACUUAUCCUCCUCAUAUUCUUCUCCUCAACAAAUUCCAACAAUUGAUAUUCGUGAUCCAUCAAUAAUAUCAACACUUAAAAUUAUUCUUUCUAAACAUCAAUCGAGUCCACAAUCUUUUUUUCCUUUGAUCGUUGAUAUUGCACCACCCAUGACCUUUGAAAUUAUACAAAGUGGAAAUGGAAGUACUACUCCUUAUAUAAUUCAGGAAUUUUAUAAGAGUUUUGAUUCGAUGUUUAAUAUGUGGUCUUUUUAUGUACAAGAUUCCGUAUUUUCAAAAUGGAUUUCUAUUGGAUUGGUAUUUUCGAUUUUUUUGAAUGUUUAUCUUUUAAAUUCUCAUAAACAACAAAUUUCUAAAACUGAUUCUAAAACUGAUUUGAGUCGAAGAGAAUCUAUUAUUUCUUCUUUUGAGGAUAAUUACAUCAACAAUAAUAACGCUAUCAUUAUUAAUGGUGAGACGAAAUCUCCUGAGGUUGAACUUAGUUCACAUGUUGAAUCUCAUGAAAAACAAUUAUCCCAAAUAACUUCAAGGAAUUCAAUAAAUGUUACCAGAAGAACUUCAAUAUCUACCACAACUACUAUUAUUUCAACAAUCAAUGAAAAUCAAUUUCCAACUCGAUCUAUAGAAGAUUGUGUUGAAAUUUUGAAAUCAUCACAUUUAGGUGGACCAUCAGCUUUAAGUGAUGAAGAAAUUAUUAUUUUAGUUAACAACGGAAAAAUUGCAUCACAUGCAUUGGAAAAAGUUUUAGUAAAUCAGGAACGAGCAGUUAAAAUAAGGAGGAUUCUCAUAUCACGUGCGUCAAUGACCAAAACGUUAGAAAAGUCUGCAUUACCAAUGGAAAAUUAUGAUUACUCCAGAGUUACAGGUGCAUGUUGUGAAAAUGUAAUUGGUUAUAUGCCAAUACCUGUUGGAGUUGCUGGACCCAUAAAUAUUGAUGGAGAAAUGAUACAUUUACCAAUGGCAACUACUGAAGGAUGUCUUGUCGCGUCAACAUCACGUGGAUGCAAAGCUAUAAAUGCUGGUGGAGGUGCUACUACGAUUAUUACUCAAGAUGCAAUGACUCGUGGUCCAUGUGUUGAAUUUCCAAAUAUUAUAAGAGCCAGCGAAGCAAAAAAUUGGUUGGAUAAUGAAGGUUAUACAAUAAUUAAACAAACAUUUGAUUCUACUUCAAGAUUUGCGAGAUUAAAGAAACUUAAAACAACUUUAGCAGGAAAUUUAUUAUUCAUCAGAUUUUCAACCGCAACAGGAGAUGCAAUGGGAAUGAAUAUGAUUUCAAAGGGAUGUGAAAAAGCAUUAUCUGUAAUGAAGGAAAAUUUCCCUGAUAUUCAAAUAAUAUCGGUUAGUGGAAAUUAUUGUACAGAUAAAAAACCGAGUGCAAUUAAUUGGAUUGAAGGACGUGGUAAAUCUGUUGUAGCAGAAGCAAUAAUUCCUGGUGAUGUAGUACAAAAAGUAUUAAAAACAAAAGUUUCUUCAUUAGUAGAGUUAAAUAUAUCAAAAAAUUUAAUUGGAUCAGCGAUGGCAGGUUCUGUAGGAGGAUUUAAUGCACAUGCAGCUAAUACAUUAACUGCAAUAUUUAUAGCUACAGGUCAAGAUCCAGCACAAAAUGUAGAAAGUUCAAAUUGCAUAACAAUAAUGAAGGCAAUAAAUAAUGGUCAAGAUUUACAUAUUACAUGUACUAUGCCAUCAAUAGAAGUUGGAACCAUAGGAGGUGGUACUAUGUUAGGACCACAAGGUGCUAUGUUAGAUAUGAUAGGAGUUAAAGGAGCUCAUCCAACUAAACCGGGAGAAAAUGCUCAAAAAUUAGCAAGAAUAAUUUGUGCGGCAGUGUUAGCUGGUGAAUUAAGUUUAUGUGCAGCUUUAUCUGUAGGACAUCUGGUCAAAUCUCAUAUGGAACAUAAUCGAAUUAAACAUCCUAAUAAUUCUAAUAAUAAUUCUAACAAUAAUUCGAUUAAUGAUUCUAUUAAUAAUUCUAAUAAUAAUAAUUCGAUUCAGGAAGCGAAUAAUUGUUCUUAUAUUACACAAGAUUCCGGAAAAAUUAUACCUGGAAGUUGCAUAAAAUCAUAG